ACAUAAUGAUUAUACAUACCAAUGGUGGAGAUCCAUGCUAACUUGUCUAUCUGAAACCCUCUGGACUGAUCUACAGACAAUAACUGGCAUUGGAGUGGCAGUAAGAAGCUCAACAAAUUUGUUUGCUUCACUUUCUAAUGGGGUACUUUGCCUCAAGUACAAGUUUCCGCUUUUUGUUGCCUGAGGCGUUUAUUUAUAGCUGAGACACUUUGAGCAGGGUAUUGGAUGUGGGAAACUAUCAUCUGGUGCUUCUUUUUAUGAAAAUCAGAUCACUUUCCAUGGGCUGUGUUGAAUGGGAUGGGUGUCCACUGGGCCCAAUAAACCUGUAUUGUUGACUGCUACUUUCAAAGUUUGCGUAAAAAUCUCCCCAAUAUUAAUUCCAGAUCAAGCGCGCGCCAAUCAUAACAAGGAAGUCAAUUUCAUUUUUUCUCUUGCCAGUCCCCACCAAGUCAAGUGGCAAUGGAAUAUUGUUCACUAUUAACGUUCCCAAAAAGGACUUGCGCUGUUGGUCAAUUCUUCUUAUGCCCUUACAGUCUUGCACUCAUAUUUACAUAGAAAAAUUGGACACGUUAGUUUGGAAAAAAAGCAAUCGAGAAACAAAAGGUUGAAUGACUCAAAAAAAUCAAGGACUUCCUGUUCUUCAAAGUCUUUACUCAGGUCAAUAGUUCGGCCCCCUCUCUAAAAGCCUAAAUGAUAAGUUUCUUAACCCAAGUCUUGCCUCAAACACAUGGCAAUGGUGCCUUAAACACAUGGCAAUGGUUUCUUCAAGACUUGUCUUCCUCGUUUCCAUUUGCAUACUGGUUUCUCAAGCCAUUGCUCAGCCAGACUUCCUAGACCAUUUCUGUUCAGACGACAAGGGUAACUACACAAGCAACAGUACCUACAAAGCAAACCUCAAUCAAGUCCUCUCCUCCCUCUCCUCCAACACAGAAAUUGACUAUGGGUUCUACAAAUUUUCUUAUGGCCAAAGCCCUGACAAAGUAUAUUCACUUGGACUUUGUAGAGGAGAUGCCAAGCCAGAUAUUUGCCGUAGUUGCCUCAAUAACGCCACAAAUCUUCUCCCUCUGCUUUGUCCCAAUCAGAAGGAAGCAAUAGGAUGGUAUGACUACUGCAUGUUACGCUACUCAUUGCGCAACAUAUUUGGUAUCAUGGAAGAUACUCCUGCUUACGAUAUGGGGAACACAAGUAACUUAUCAGGUAAUUUGGAUCAGUUCAAUCAGGACCUGGGGACCUUGUUGAAUAGCAAAAGAGUUCAAGCUGCAGCAGGUGGUUCUCUUCGUAAGUUUGCGGAGGGAAAUGCAACAGCACCAAACAAUCAAACACUAUAUUCACUUGUGCAGUGCACACCUGAUUUAUCUGAUAAAGAUUGCAGUGAAUGUUUGGCUCAGGCUUUUGGAUACAUUCCGGGAUGUUGUGGAGCCAAGCAAGGAGGGAGAGUUAAUACACCCAGCUGUUAUUUUAGGUUUGAGGUCUACCUCUUCUAUGAUGCCAAAGCUGAUAAUGCAUCAUCACCAUCACUGUCUCCACCACCACCACUAGUACCAUAUGUAUCUCCUCCACCAUUGAACAAUACUGCUGCUGCAAAAGGAAAGGAGAGUAACAAAUCUCAAACAGUCAUCAUAGUUGUACCCAUUAUUUCUUUUGUGGUACUAAUAAUAAUAUCCUUCUGCAUCUACUUAAGAGUCAGGAAACCAAGGGAGAAACCACAAAGUGAAUCUAUGGAUGAGAUUGGAAGGGUGGAAUCUUUGCAGUUAGGCUUUGGCACUAUUAAAGUAGCAACAGAUGACUUUUCUGAUGCAAAUAAGCUUGGGCGGGGUGGAUUUGGUGUUGUUUACAAGGGUAAACUCUUCGAUGGACAAGUUAUUGCUGUAAAAAGGCUUUCAAAAAAUUCAAGACAAGGAGAUCUUGAAUUUAAGAAUGAAGUUUUGUUAGUGGCCAAGCUUCAACACCGAAAUUUAGUUAGACUCUUAGGAUUUUGCUUGGAAGGAAUUGAAAGGCUUUUAAUUUACGAGUUUGUGCCCAAUGGAAGUCUUGACCACUUCAUUUUUGAUCCAAUCAAGCGUGCACAACUGGAUUGGGGAAGACGCUACAAAAUAAUUAUAGGCAUUGCUCGAGGUCUUCUCUAUCUUCAUGAAGAUUCUCGACUUCGUAUUAUUCAUCGGGAUCUCAAAGCAAGCAAUAUUCUAUUAGAUUUUGAAAUGAAUCCAAAAAUUUCAGAUUUUGGCACGGCAAGAUUGUUUGAACUUGAUCAAAGCGUAGGCAAUACAAUUAGAAUUGUGGGGACCUAUGGAUAUAUGUCUCCAGAGUAUGCAAUGCAUGGACAAUUCUCAGUAAAGUCUGAUGUCUUUAGUUUUGGUGUGCUAGUGUUAGAGAUAAUAAGUGGACGAAAGAAUAACUCCUUCUGCAGUGGAGAGAAUAUUAAGAACCUUCUAAGCUAUGCAUGGAAAAAUUGGAAACAGGGUAUAAUUUCAAAUCUUAUAGAUCCCACAUUGAAGGCAGGUUCGACAACUGAAAUAAUGAGAUGUAUUCAUAUUGGAUUACUAUGUGUUCAACAAAAUGUAGCUAAUAGACCAACUAUAGCAUCCGUUAUUCUCAUGCUUGAUAGAUACACUAUUACUCUACCAAUACCAUUAGAACCAGCAUUUCUUAUGAAUAGUGGUACUGAAUCAAACAUUCGCUUGCAAUGGGAGAAUGAUACAAGGGUGAUAGAGUCAAAUCAAUCUAAAAGUAAUUUUGUCAAAGCUUCGAUAAAUGAGGUGUCAAUCACAGAGCUAUCUCCUCGCUAAUGUUUAAUGAAUUUGAAAUGUAAUACUACUAUUUUCCUUC